AUGGCGGAGUACAAGCGAGCUGUGUUCCAGGAUGAAGACGCUCCAGAUGCCGCGGCAGAUGGGAGCACCUCUCCGGACGGUAUGGAGGUGGGCUUUCGGAAGGGCAGCGGCCCCCUGCUGAGUCGCUUGGGCUCCCGAACCCAGCUGAGGCUGGCCCUGUGCGCCGUCGUCCUCUUUGUGCUCCUGCUGCUGCUGGGCUUGGUCAUCGCCGUGAGCAUUCAGUACAGCAGAGAUCCGUCCCACACCACCUGCCUGACCGAAGCCUGCAUCAUCGUCGCCAGCAAAAUCCUGGAGGCCCUGGACCGAGACACCCACCCCUGCGACGAUUUCUACCAGUACGCCUGCGGAGGUUGGAUCAAGCGGAACCCGCUGCCCGACGGGCGCUCCAAGUGGAGCACUUUCAACAGCAUUUGGGAUCAGAACCAGGCCAUUAUGAAACACCUGCUGGAGAACGCCAGUUUCAACUCCACCAGCGAGGCGGAGAGAAAGACCCAGCGUUAUUACCUGUCUUGCCUGAAGGAACAGAAGAUCGAGGAGCUGGGCUCCCAGCCGCUGAUGGAUCUCAUUGAGAAGAUCGGAGGCUGGAGCAUCACUGGCCCCUGGAAUCAGACCAACUUCAUGGACGUCCUGAAACUGGUAUCUGGGACCUACCGGGCGUCUCCAUUCUUUACUGUGUUUGUGGGAGCCGAUUCCAAAAGCUCGAACAGCAACGUCAUCCAGGUGGAUCAAUCAGGCCUUUUCUUGCCUUCACGCGAUUACUACCUAAACAGGACCGCCAACGAGAAGGUGCUGGCUGCCUACCUGGAGUACAUGGUCGAGCUGGGGUCCCUGCUGGGCGGGCCCAAAGCCUCGACGGAAGAGCAGAUGCAGCAGGUGCUGGAGCUGGAGAUCCGACUGGCCAACCUCACUGUCCCCCAAGACGAGCGGCGGGACGACGAGAAGAUCUACCACAAGCUGACCAUCAGGGAGUUGCAGGCCCUGGCUCCUGCCAUCGACUGGCUGGACUUCAUGUCCUACUUCCUCUCGCCGCUGGAGCUGACGGACGCUGAGCCCGUGGUGGUUUACAGCCAGGAGUACUUGCAGCAAGUGUCCCAGCUCAUCAACACCACCGACAAAAGCGUCUUAAACAAUUAUUUGAUUUGGAACCUGGUUCAGAAAACAGCCUCCAGUCUGGACCAGCGCUUUGAGACCGCCCAGGAGAAGUUGUUGGAGACGCUGUAUGGAACCAAGAAGUCCUGCACCCCUCGCUGGCAAACCUGCAUCUCCAACACUGACGACACUCUGGGCUUCGCCCUCGGUGCGUUGUUCGUGAAAGCCACCUUCGAUCGGCACAGCAAAGAGAUUGCCGAAGAUAUGAUUGCUGAGAUACGCACAGCCUUUGAGGAAUCGCUCCACCAGCUCGACUGGAUGGACGAGAAGACGAAGCAAGCAGCCAAAGAGAAGGCGGACUCGAUUUACGACAUGAUUGGGUUCCCGGAGUUCAUUCUGGACGACAAAGAGCUGGAUGACGUCUACGAUGGGUACGAGGUCUCGGAGGACUCCUUCUUCCAGAACAUGUUGAACUUCUACAAUUUCUCUGGACGAUUCAUGGCUGACCAGCUGCGGAAGCCUCCCAACCGCGACCAGUGGAGUAUGACCCCGCAGACAGUCAACGCCUACUACCUGCCCACCAAGAACGGCAUCGUCUUCCCCGCGGGGAUCCUGCAAGCUCCCUUCUACGCUCGCAACCACCCCAAGGCCCUCAACUUUGGAGGCAUUGGCGUGGUGAUGGGGCACGAACUCACCCAUGCUUUUGAUGACCAAGGCCGAGAGUACGACAAGGAAGGGAACCUGCGCCCCUGGUGGCAGAACUCGUCGCUGGAGGCCUUCAAGAACCGGACGGAGUGCAUGACGGAACAGUACAGCACGUUCCUCGUCAACGGGGAGCACGUGAACGGCAAGCAGACCUUGGGAGAGAACAUCGCGGACAACGGGGGACUGAAGGCAGCCUAUAAUGCUUACAAAACGUGGCUGAAGAAGAACGGGGAGGAGAAGCGGCUGCCCUCCGUGGACCUCACCAGCCACCAGCUCUUCUUCCUCGGAUUUGCGCAGGUCUGGUGCUCCGUCCGUACCCCCGAGAGCUCGCACGAGGGCCUGGUGACCGACCCGCACAGCCCAGACAAGUUCCGGGUCAUCGGCACCCUCAGCAACUCCCGGGAUUUCGUCGAGCACUUCAAGUGCCCCGCAGGCUCCCUCAUGAACCCCGGAAGGCACUGCGAGGUGUGGUAGAGCCAGAAAGAGAGGCCGCCCGUGGUGGGAGUCUGUACAUACCUACGGCUGCUCCCCCCCUGCACAAACCCCAGCACACGGGAGCUAAGCCCUGGUGCCCACCCUUUGGGGAGCAGUCAACCAUCUUUGCCUCGGCAGCUUCAGCCGGCACAGUGCAGGCCUCGGGCUCUUUCCCACUUGGGCGCCGGAAGAAAGGCGAGCUCCUCCGGCACUCUCUGCCGAGUCCCGUUCCCUUGGGGGGCGCCCCGAAAAGCACAGCUUCACUCUCGUCCGCUAAGCGCAUCACUUGCUCCCGUCCGUGGGCAUUGCCGAAAAUCUCAAGUCCGGCUUCCUAGGCUUUCAUUCCCCGCCCUUUCUCCCCUCUGGGACCUGU